AUGUCUUUCCACCUUUCUGCUGAGGAUGCUCGCAUCGAGUCCCGCGAUGGACACACCUACCUCUAUGCCCGUCUCCGCCGCGAGGAUGGCGAGUGGAACGAUGCCCAGUUCAACCUUGACUCCGUCCUCGGAAACAACGAUGGUCACUUCCAGUGGGGUGGUCAGGACUUCACCGGCUCCGCCCGCAACAUCUCUUUCGACCCCAAGGAGGGUGCCGACGACCAGCCCAUUCUUCGCGCCGAGCUCGAGGAUUGCAACGGCGAUUGGCACUCCCGCGACGUCAACCUGACCGAGAUCGUUGAGAACAUCAACGGCGAGUUCCGGCCCAGAAUCUAA